AUGUUCUCGGACUCAGAGUCAGAAUCAGAGUACGGCGUAUCAAAGCCUCACCCCAAUCCAGAGCUCACCCACCGCGAUUACCUCGAUACCCCAUCGAAUUGCACCGCUCAAAACCUCAUUGAAGCAGAAAUUGCUGCCCACGAAGCCGCCAUACUACAACUCAAAGUGCGCAGGAAUGCAUACAGCCCCAUUUCAAAACUCCCCGCCGAAAUCCUCGCCAAACUCUUCAUCCUUGUACGCCGCAGUUUCAGCGACUUUGGCGACUUCCCGGGCGGCCUUAAUGUCGCUACCGUUUGCCACAGCUGGCGUGAGGUCUUCGUCAGUACAACGCAACUGUGGGAUGACCUCGAUCUAUCGAAGAUCAAGUCGCAGGACUGCGCCGAACUCAUGCUCGCGCGCUCGAAGCAGGGUGCACUGCAUAUCCAGUGGACAAGGCCGCUGCUUGACCGAUCUGUCCUUAGCGCUGUGUCGUCACAGAUCCUGAGGAUCCAGGACCUCGACAUUUGUGGCCAGUCUCUUGCCAUCCUAGAUUUCUUCCCCUCCAAGAACAGGGCGUUGCCGGAGAUGCAGCGCCUAGCCCUACGACGACAAGUGCGCGCCACCGACGCUCCACCCAUCUCCAUGGAAAGAGUCCUCAGCAUGGACAUGCCCCGCCUACACACCCUUGAACUCCAAAACAUCUACCUCCCCUCAAUACGUGUUUUCCAGCCGUCCCCUUGUCUCCAAACCCUCCAUAUUACCACACCAAAGCGCCUGCUAUCCCUCCCCGACAUUCUUACAGUCUUGCGCGCCACACCUACUCUUCACGACCUCACACUCACGCACGCCCUCUUCCUGACGCCCCCUAGCCCCAGUGCGCGAGAGGAUCCCAAGUACGCGCUCGUGGAUCUCGCACAGCUCACAUCCCUGUCCGUCUCCUGCAAUCACUUCCGCGAUAUCGCUCUCCUGCUCCAGCACGUCCGCUACCCAUGCUCUGCCCGCGUACUCCUCCGCUCCGUCACAUUCCCCCAUGAGGCUGGGCUCACGGAGCCGGGGUGCCUCGAGGUCCUGACCGCCGUCCUCUCCCGCUGGGCGCAAAGCACGUCAGCUGGGCUAGCAGAUCGCAUGUGGCUCCUCAACAAGUUUGCGUGGGACUUUAAGAUCGGGGUGGCGCUCGGAGAAGUGCCGCUGCUGGAUAUACACUGCGAGGAAGGGGGGAGUAGGGACCAGCUGCGCCAUCUGUUCCAUCUGCACACAUUGCUUCCCUCACGCUGCGUCCGUAUACUUCACAUCAGUGGGUUUGGUGCGAUCGAGCACCCCGAGGAGUGGAAGGAGCUGUUCGUUCGGAAUCAUCAGGUGCAGAGGCUGGUGCUGGAGACCCAGGAACAUCCUCGGAUCAUUCAGACGUUGACGGACCAGUCGGACACAAGCAUUCUACCCCAGCUCAAGAGCCUAAUGCUGAUAAGAUGUUGCUUCGAUGGUCAUCGUUCCGAUCGCAGGUUUACGCCCCGUGUUAGUGAGCUUCUCCAACAGCGCAUAGACCAGACACCCCUCAAGAUCUUCAAAAUUCGAAAUUGUGUCAUUGAACCAGCAACAGUGCGGUCCCUAAGGAAUAUCAUCCACGUCGAUUGGGAUCAGUUCCUUCCUUAA